GUAAAUUGAACGUAAAUUUAAAAUGAUGUAAAUCAAGAAAUUAGUUAAGUUAUUUAAGUCAAACAGUUCGGAUUGAUUCAUUCUUGAACAAAAAUCGACUUUAUGGGAGGUAGGGUUCUAUUGGCGUGCAUCCAGUAGGAAUUGAACCUACGACUUCGCCAAUUAUGAGUUGGGCGCUUUAACCAUUCAGCCAUGGAUGCUUCGUGGGAAUCCUAGUACCUCAUGAAUAACCAAAAUCAAUUGAAGUGAAAUCUUUUGGAUAAAUCAAUUCAAUAUAUAAUCAACAAUUCAUUUUUAUAUAAUCAACAAUUCAUUUUUAAUAUAACACCAAUCAACAAUUCAUUUUUAAUAUUUUAAUAUAUAUAGGAGUCUUACUUAAUAUGAAGGAACAUCUGUUCAAAUUUUGGAUUUUAGAAUUGAGAGAGAUAUUUAGAGAGAGCAAGAAUUCUCACUAUUUCUUAGAUUCGUGGACUGAAUUCAAUUCAGUGGUAUCUUUUAUUCACAUUAUUUUUCACCAAGAGAGUUUGAUAAAACUCUUAGACUUCCGAAUUUGGAGUAUCGUACUUUCACGCAAAGGCAAUCGAUAUUUCACGAUCAAGAAUGUAGUAUUUUUUGUAGUAGGGAUCCUUAUCUAUCGUAUUAACAACCGAAAGAUGAUCGAAAGAAAAAAUGUCUAUUUGACAGGGCUUCUUCCUAUAUCAAUGAAUUCCGUUGGACCGAGCAAUGAUACAAUGGACGACUCAAAAGAUUCGUUCAAUAUCAAUUGGUAUAGUAAGUUGAUUGUUCCGCUCCUGUAUCGAAAAAAGAUCUCUGAUAGGGAUGAGGAUUCGAAAUAUCAUACGCGGAUGAAUAAUCAUUUGUUUCCAAAAGAAAUCAAAGAAUUUGUUGGGAAUCCUACAAGAGCCGGCCGGUCUUUUUUAUAUGACAGAUGGUCAGAACUUCAGCUGGAUUUGAAUCCUACUGAGAGGUUAUUUAAGAAAGAAGAAGAUGUUUCUUUUGUUCUUUUGAGGCAAUCGGAAAAUAAAGAAAUAGCUAAUAUAGUCAAGAUACAUAUGUAUUUACAAAAUACUGUCUCAAUUCAUCCUAUUUCAUCCGAUCCAGGAUGUGAUGGGGUUGCGAAAGAUGAGCUUUAUAGUUCCGAUUCAUUCUUGAACAAAAAUAGACUUUUUGGGUUAUUUGAUCUAUUCCAUGACCGGAAUAGGGCAGGAUACUUGUUACACCAUGAUUUUGAAUCAGAAGAGAGAUUUCAAGAAAUGGCAAAUCUAUUCAAUCUAUCAAUAACUAAGCCGGAUCUAGUGUAUCAUAAGGGAUUUUCUUUUUCUAUUCAUUCGUCCGGAUUGGAUCAAAAACAAAAGUUCGUAAAUGAGGUCAACUCCAGGGAUGAAUCAAAAAAGAAAUCUUUAUUGGUUCUACCUCCUCUUUUUUACGAAGAGAAUGAAUCUUUUUAUCCAAACAAUACCUAUGGAUACAUAAAAAACCUAUGGAAUCGAUUCCAUCGCAACUCGGAAUAUGGAAUUCAAAGGUAUCAAAUAGGAAAAAAUAUUUUUAAUCAUAGACCUACAAGGAAAUACACGAUCAACCAACAUUUCUCAAAUUGGAAAAAAAACCAUAAGAAAUGGCCUCUUAUUUUGAUUUAUCAAACCGAGAGAUCUAUGAAUAAGGAUCCAAAUGCAUAUAAACACAAAUGGUCCAAUGGGAGUAAGAAUUUCCAGGAACAAUUGGACUUUUUCAUUUCUGAGCAGAAUAGCCGUUUUCAAGUAGUGUUCAAUCGAUUUCAAGUAGUGUUCGAUCGAUUACAUAUGAAUGCAUAUUCGAUUGAUUGGUCUGAGGUUAUUGAUUGGUCUGAGGUUAUUGACAAAAAAGAUUUGUCUAAGUCACUUUAUUUCUUUUUGUCCAAGUUUCUUCCAUUUUUGUCUAAGUCACUUUAUUUCUUUUUGUCCAAGUUUCUUCCAUUUUUGUCUAACUCACUUCCUUUUUUCUUUGUGAGUUUCGGUAAUAUCCCUGUUCAUAGGUCCGAGAUCCACGUGUAUGAAUUGAAACGUCCGAAUGAUCCACUCGGGAAUCAGUUGUUAGAAUCAAUAGGUCUUCAAAUCGUUCAUUUGAAAAAAAGGAAACCCUUCUUAUUGGAUGACUUUUAUACUUCUAAAAAAUCAAAAUUAUCCUUCAAUGAAGGAAAAAUAUCACCAUUUUUGUUCAAUAAGAGAGAAAAUUGGAUAUCAUUCCAUACUAGAAAGAAGCAAAAAAAAAGAAGAAGAGAAGAAGAAGCGCAGGAAAUCUUUUUAUAACAUGGAUUUCUCAAUGAUAUCUCACGAUCAAGAGAAUUGGCGGAAUCUGCUGAAACC